AUGUCCCGCGCUAAGUGGGAAGAAGCAUGUGAGUAUUUGCCAGGCGGGGACAGUCGGAACUCCAUAUUCUGGAAACCGUAUCCUGUCUUUAUCACUGAUGCCUCCGGAAGUCGGGUGAUGGACGCUGACGGAGUACAGCGCAUUGACUUCAUUAACACCAUGACUACCAUGAUCCUGGGACAUGGCCCGGCCCCGGUAAUAAACGCGGUGCGUCGGCAGUUGGACAAAGGGCUGGGCUACAACGCCCCCAACGAACGACAAGUGGACUUGGCCCGUAUCCUCUGCGAUCGUGUGCCAAGUUUCGAUCUGGUUAGGUUUACUAACUCCGGUACCGAGGCCACAUUGAACACUCUCCGGGCGGCUCGAGCUUUUACCGGAAAAACCCGCUUCGCCAAGGUUGAGGGAGGAUAUCACGGUACCCACGAUGGAGUUACGGUGAGUGUGCGGGUUGAUCCGUCGCUGGCCGGAGACCCGGAUAAUCCAGUGCCAGUUCCGGCCAGCGCCGGCCUGGUUCCGGGCGUGACCGAUCAGGUAACCGUCAUUCCGUUCAACGACUCGGCAACGGCCUUGAGGAUUCUGGAAGACAAUGCCUGCGACUUGGCCGCGAUCAUUGUUGAACCGGUAAUGGGUUCUGUGGGCAUGGUUCCUGCUCAGCCUGAGUACCUCACCAUGCUCCGGGACUUUGCUACUGCCAACAACACCGUAUUGAUCUUCGAUGAGGUAAUCAGUUUCCGGGUUGCCCCCGGUGGCUCACAGGAAUUCUACGGUGUGACGCCGGAUAUGACCGCCCUGGGCAAGAUUAUCGGUGGUGGACUGCCGGUAGGCGCAUUCGGCGGACGAAGAGACAUAAUGGAGCUUUACGACCCAUCCCCAUCCGGUGGGCCCGUCGUGUCCCAUGCCGGCACAUUCAACGCCAACCCACUAACAAUGUUGGCCGGCUCGGUUGCGAUGGAGCAGUUGACGUCCGACGUGUACCGAAAUCUGGCAGCGCUAACCGAGGAACUAAAGCAAGGUCUCCGGGAAAUUUGCUCAACACUGGAAGUCCCGGUGCAGGUGACAGGCUUGGGCUCCCUCUUUGGGAUCCAUUUCUGCGACCAUCCCGUGAACAACUACCGGGAUAUUGCCAGUGGUAAUCAUGAGUUGAGGGAUCGCAUGUUCCUUGGCUUGUUGAACGAGGGGAUCCUGAUGGCGUCCAAUCUGGUGGGUGCGACUUCAACCGCAACUACCGAGGACGACAUUGAAGCCUUCCUGAAAGCCUUUCGGACUGCACUGGAAAGAAACGUCUAG